GACUCGUUACAGCUGGUUGGGUGUAGCUUGCGGCUCACAGCUGAACUAUUUCUCAAAAACGAAAAUAUAAAACUCGUAAAAAGAUAUAAAACUAAAAGUGCGUUUAAUAUUUCAAAAGAAAAAGAUAAUUCUAAAUAAAAUUUUUAUAAAACAAGUGUUUUGUUUUUUUGGUGCUUUGUUUAAAUAACUUCCUAUGGCUUCCAAUAGUCAACAAGUGGUGGUGGCGCCUCCCGUUGAUUCCCACAAUUUACGCAAAGACAAAAGUCUAUGGCGCGAUCUGACGGCCUAUUGGAUCUUGGGUUUGUGCAACAAUUAUGGCUAUGUGGUGAUGUUGAGUGCUGCUCACGAUAUUAUCGGACAAUUUCAUCAUGAUGACUCUCCUUCUAAUGAUAAUGCUGGCGGCGGCAAUGGUCGGGAAUGUCAUAUAGUUUCUACGGGGGCUAUAUUAUUGGCCGACAUUUUACCCUCGCUAUUUGUGAAGAUUAUAAUGCCAUUCUUUCCAUUCUGGGUGCAUUUCCGCAUUGGUCUAGCUGUGCUCUUUUCGGCUGCUGGUUUUCUAUUUGUGGGCUUUGCCAAUGCCGAAUGGAUGGCUCUAAUGGGUGUUAUUAUAACCUCUGCUAGUUCCGGCAUAGGAGAGACUACGUUUCUGGCCUAUUCCUCCCAUUUCAAUAAAAAUGUAGUAUCAACUUGGUCUUCUGGCACAGGAGGUGCUGGUGUUAUUGGUUCCCUAUCCUAUGCCACCCUAAGGUCUUUGAAUGUCAGUCCCCGAGACACAAUGUUAAUAAUGUUGAUAUUCCCCUUCAUAGAGGCUUUAGCAUUUUGGCUAAUGUUGAGAAAACCUUCAGUUCUGCCGGUAACAGCAGUGGAAUCUACGGAGGAAUUGAUCAUAGACGACAAACCCUUGCUGGGUUUCAAGGAGAAAUUUAUGUAUAUCAAACACUUGAUCAAGUAUAUGGUGCCAUUGGCUUUGGUGUACUUCUUUGAGUAUUUCAUUAAUCAGGGAUUGUUCGAAUUGGUUUUCUUUGAAAACACCUUCCUGGACAAGGCCUCUCAAUACAGAUGGCUUAAUGUGGACUAUCAAAUAGGCGUAUUCAUUUCACGCUCCUCCGUCAAUAUCUUCCAACUAAAUAGGAUUUGGUUAAUGUCCGUUUUCCAAUUAGUCAAUGUGAUCUAUUUCGUUACCGAAGUGAUUUACUUCUAUACACCCAGUAUUUGGAUAACAUUUGUUAUUGUAUUGUGGGAAGGUCUAUUGGGCGGCGGUGCUUAUGUCAAUACCUUCUAUAGAAUGUCUAAGGAAAUACCACCCGGUAGACGACAAUUUGCCAUGGCCAUGGUGGUACAAUCGGAUUCGUAUGGCAUUGCUUUGGCCGGUUUCCUAGCCAUUCCAGUGCAUAAUGCCAUCUGUGCUUUGCCGGCAGCUGUUAGAAGUGUUACGUGGUGAUGGAAGUCAGUAUUAAAGUUAAGUUUUUUUUUAGUUUAAAUUUAGUUAAAAUGUGUUAAAUUUAAAUGUAGUGAAUGUAGUUUGUUGAUGUGUGAAUUAAUUUUAAGACUGCCCGCUUAAAAGAUGUAUAAAUAUUUUAGCUAUAAUUGGUUUAUAGUUGAAAUAAUAAGAAUUUAAUAGAUUUAAGUUGAUAACAUAAAAAGACGAAAGAAAUUUGAUAAUAAAUUAAUAAUAAAAAUGUAAAAAA